AUGAUUGGACAAGGGAGUAGAAUCAGAAAACAAAAUAACACUGAGAAAAUCAUCUUCGACAUCGAAAUAAAUAAAGCCCCUAGACGACUAGGGAGAUACUCUCCUAAUCACGAUAGGAGAGAGUUUCCUCAGGAUGCGACCUCCUGCUCCUCCAUCGCCGCCGCAACUGUCCAUCUCCGCUGCAAAACCACCUCAGCCGAGUAUGUAGCAUCGAGAGCCAGAGACAUAACCUUCGAGAAACUCAUGGAGAAGUACAAAAACCUCUUCAGAGUCAUCGCCAUCCAAAACCUCAUCCUUGCUAGACGCUCCAAUCUGCCUUCCGUCUCCAUGGAUUUCCUCAAUCGCCUCUCUCAGAGGCUCCACCUCAACCGCAGCGCCACCGCCUUCCUCCGCAGGUAUCCUCACAUCUUCCACAUAUUAUACCACACCGCCAAGUCUCAACCGUACUGUGCGCUCACUGAAACCGCACUGGAAAUCGCCCGAUUAGAGGCACAAGCUAUCAAUGCCUCACUUCCCCUUGUGGUGGAGCGACUGGUCCGAGUUUUAUCAAUGUCACUCAGUAAAACGGUGCCGCUUCGAGCUAUUUUCAAGGUCUGGAAAGAGCUAGGGCUACCGGAUGAUUUCGAGAGCUCUAUAAUAGCAAAGAAUUCUCAUCUUUUUGCACUUGAUGAUGGGAAUGAACCUAACGCUCACGUAUUGAAACUUGUAACUGAAGUGCCAAAGGAUAGCCUUUUUGCUGCUGUUGAAAAUUGGAGGAUCAAGGAGUGUUGUGGAGAGGAUUGCAGUGUUGAUAGGACUGAAAUUUUCUAUAAUUUUAAGCAUGCAUUCCGACAAUACGCUUAA